CAGCGAAGUGUUUGAGACGUCAGAGGUCAGUCAGGUCAGUACUCGAAAAAAAAAGAGGUCAGUCAGGUCACACCCGCGGCCGGGCACAUCCCCGCGCCCACGGCCCAAACCAAACACCGACCCGCACCGCGCGUCCCCUCCCCUCCCCUCCCUUCCCAGCCCCUCAUCCUCGCCGACCACUGCCCUCCUCACCGCCGCCGUUGCCGCAGCUAACCCUGCUCAGCGGCCGCACCGAUCUGUCUCUCGCGCUAGGGUUUCCGCCCGCCCGCCUACUGCGGCUCCAUCGGCUCCGCUCGAUUCGCGCCGAGGGGCGGCUGCUCCGUGCUCUGAGCCACCCGUCCCCGCUACAGCCCAUUGCUGCCGGGGUGCUCUGCGGUCGGCUGCUGUUGGCGUAGGGGGACUAGUGUUUGGCUCCGCCAGGCGGAGGGGGCAUUGGUUUGGCGCCGCACGGGGAUGGUGCCCAACGGGCUCCUGCCCAAUGCGUCGGCCGGGGUGACGCGGCGGCUCGAUCCCGAGCGCUUGGCGGUCGCGGAGGGCCGCACGGCCGAGCUGAUCGCGCGCAUCCAGCCCAACGCGCACUCCGAGGGGCGGAGGCAGGCCGUCUACCACUACGUGCAGCGGCUCAUCAUGAACUGCCUCUCGUGCCAGGUUUUUACCUUUGGGUCAGUCCCUCUCAAGACGUACUUACCUGAUGGUGACAUUGAUGUCACUGCUUUUAGUAAUAGUGAAGAACUAAAGGAGAUUUGGGCAAAUCUUGUCCGGAAUGCAUUGGAACACGAAGAGAAGAGUGAAAAUGCUGAGUUUAGUGUAAACGAAAUUCAGUAUAUUCAGGCAGAGGUCAAGAUUAUUAAAUGUCUUGUGGAAAACAUUGUUGUUGACAUCUCAUUUAAUCAAGUUGGUGGACUAUGUACACUUUGUUUUCUUGAACAGGUCGACAACUUGAUCAAUAAAAAACAUUUAUUCAAGCGGAGUAUCAUAUUGAUAAAGGCAUGGUGUUUCUACGAGAGUCGUAUUCUUGGAGCGCACCAUGGUCUUAUAUCUACUUACGCAUUGGAGAUCCUGGUUCUGUACAUAUUUCAUAUAUUCGAUAAUUCUUUUACUGGACCACUUGAGGUGCUAUACCGUUUCUUAGAAUUUUUCAGCAACUUCGAUUGGGAGAACUUUUGUUUGAGCUUGCGUGGCCCAGUUCCUAUAAGUUCACUUCCAGACAUGUCUGUGGAGCCUCCGUGGAUGGAUAGUGGUGAAUUGUUGCUGAGCAAGUCCUUCCUGGAUGAUUGCAGUUCUGCAUACGGAUUUAUGCCUCACACCCAGGAAAGCCAGGGCCAACCAUUUGUCUCAAAGCACUUCAAUGUCAUCGAUCCUUUACGUACAAACAAUAACCUUGGAAAAAGUGUCAGUAAAGGCAAUUUCUUUAGAAUACGCAGUGCUUUUGCAUUUGGAGCGAAAAGGCUGGGAAAGUUACUUCAAUGUCCAAAAGAAGAUUUAAUUGCUGAAUUAAAUCAAUUCUUCACAAAUACAUGGAUAAGACACGAGAGUCACAAUCGUCCUGAUGUGCCUACCCCAAGUCUGGUUGAUGUGCGACCUCUGAAGGCUGUUCCUGCUGUAGUGUCAAACAGUCACCAAAGUGUAACAGCAUUCAAGAAAAAGGUUGAAAGUCCUAAGCUUCAUGCUAAUCAGGAUAAUCUUACUGAAGUUGGUCAUAGUUAUCCUGACCCUUCUUCUCAGGCACUUGACAAAAGUGACCUACACUGUCGGAAUACGCCAAGAACAAUUAAUCCUUCUGUUUCUCAUGCGCAGCACCAAAAAGUUUAUGCAACUCAAGGCAAUUUCAAGGUCUCCGAACAGCUUGAAAGAAACAACUCUGCUGGAUCGAUGCAAGGUGAAAGGGAUAAGAGAGUGCCAAAUGCUCUUUUUGUCAACGACAUAAAUGGGCAAAACAGGUUUAGAUUUGCAAGAACUCGAUCAAGUCCUGAACUGACAGAUUCUUCUGUUGAAGGGUUUCACGGUAGGUGGACUAGAGUGGCUGAUAUGGAAAAAUCUCUGAAGGUUGAUUACAGUAGCAGAAGAAGUAUCUUGAUUCCAGAAGUGUCUAGCAUCCACAUCACUAAGUCUUCGCAGGAUGAAUCAGUGUCUUCCAUGAACAGUUCAUCUCACCCUAGUGCAAAAGCAGCUUCUGAUUCAAAUAGUGUUUCGAGCAGCUAUCGUGAAGAUAAUGGUUUUGUGAUGAACGAAGAACUUCCUUCUGUCUCUGAAUCAUCGAAGAUGCACCAUGAUGAACAAGUUUUGGUUAAUUUAAUGGCAUCAGCAAAGUUGCAUGGCUUCGAUGGACAGGCUCAAUUGCCAAUGCAAAUACCUUCUCAUCUGUCUGCAGCACAUUCCCCUUUACUGGCUCCAACAGCUUUUCCUCAAAAGCAUUUGGCCGGGAUUCCACCAGCUAGCUUAAUUGGAACAUCAUGGUUGCCCAAUAUGCAGCUCCUCCACGGAUUUGUUCCACCACCUAUGACCCGUUACAUAUGCAACCCAACUUUUGCAUCAAACAUUGAGGAUGGUAAUGAGAGUGAGAAGCCUAUUAUAUCAGAUGCAAAGCAUGAUACUGGCAAAAAUUGGCAUGAGUAUGGUGCUGGAUUUUCUAGACACUUAGAUCCUGAAGGAAGAGAUCCUCACAUCUAUGAUAUUGAUGGCAAGGAACAUUCCUCUUUGCCUAAUGGUGUAUGUGGUGCCCCCUUGGAAAGGCAGAUGGAAUUUACUGUUGGGGAUUAUGGUGUAGAUGACGAAAACUAUACCAGCAUGUUUCAGAGUCAAACAAGUAGAGAAGCUGACAUAGUUUGCUCUAUGAGGAGUGGAUAUGUGAGUGUUCCUUCACAUGCCAGUUCUUCCAGAGGCAAAGCUCUGGAUGUGAGUUCAUGGGGAAAAAGGCCUGCCUUUGCAGCACCUGCCACAACCACACAUAGCAAGACUGGUUGGCAGAUGGGAAAUACUACAGAGCAUCUCCUAACUGAAGUUGAUAAUGGCCCCAGAAAUGGGGCAGUAGUACCAAUCAUUAAUGAAGCUUCUGAGAUAGUAGCAGGAUCCGACUCUUUUUCGACACAAUCAAGAACUAGUCAAGUACCAAAUGAUUUUGAUCCAUCACAGAUUGGCAUGCCUAAUCCAGUGUUUGCACCUUUUCUUAUUGGUUCCCCUCAGCAGAGGCAAGCUGAUAGCUCUGGCCUGACUUUUGUUCCAACAGGUCCACCAGUUCCUUUUGUUGUGCUCCCAUUUGUUCCAGGGAAUAGUGAUGGUUCUGUUCCCCAGUUUGAGAGAAGUGAGGGAAUUGAUCAGAUUCCUGCCAAUAUCGCAGGUCAAAAUUUUAGUUCACUUAAUGAUGUUCACCAACUAGAUACCAAUGCUACCUCAACAGCAUCAUGCAGUAUUAUGGCUGAGCCAUCUGAUGAACACAAGCCUGACAUCUUGAACAGCGAUUUUGAUAACCAUUGGAACAUUUUACAGUAUGGGCGAAUCUGCCAGAAUGCACGUCCUCUGGGUCCUGUUUUAUACCCUUUUGCGGUCCCACCAGUGUAUUUUCAGGGCCAUGCUCCAUGGGAUGGGCCUGGAAGACCAGCUGCACCAAAUGUUAACUGGACACAGAUGGUGGGCCCUGGUCAACAAAUUUUUCCUGUGAUGCCUCUACAACCUACUACAGAAAGAGCUACUGGCGUUCUCCAGCAUUAUGGAGAAGAUGCACCCAGAUACCGUGGAGGCACGGGAACCUACUUGCCCAAUCCUAUUCAUGGGAAGACCCCCUUUAUCUCAUCACGAAUAUCCUAGAGCUUGGGCUCCAGAAAGGCAGAGUGAACUGUUUUCUACUAGGUGGCUAGUUUUGAGUUGCUUAUUGGUGAAACUCUGUCUGUACUAGUUGGUUUUAAUUAGUAUUCAAAGUUAGUGUAGAUCAUUCUGAAGCUCAUAUGCUGCCACAGUUUUGACUGGAACCAGCUGUUUUAUAUCUUGAAAGCUUCGAAACUAGUAACUUUGGUGCUUGUGAGCACUACAAGGAAGAUGCAACUUAUAUAAACUUGUUCGGAACCAUAAUCUUGAAAGGAUUCCGAUAUCCAAUUUUUUUUUUGUUGAUCUAGUUUUUCCCUACUAAGCAAUCUUUCUUUGAAGAAAUGCUUCUUUGUAAUUAAGUUUUACCUGGUUUUAGUCAACCUGAAGCUCAUGUAUUACCGACCAACAGCGUGAGAUCAUAGCAUGGUAACUAUGUGGCAUUGAUAAUGAUGAUUGGUGGCACCGUAAGGACGUACAAAAGAUAACUAGUGUUGAGUGUUUAAUCAUCAAUAAAUGAAACAUCUAGAUAUUUAUAGGUAUAUAAACUGGAGGGGUUCAGAGGUGGGGAUGAAUCGUCAGCUAAGUGUACUAUGGCUAAUCAGAUUUAUCAGUUGUCACAUGAUGAAAGCCAUGAGUUCAUUUCAUGGCUGAAUUGAAGAUAUUCUGGAUUAUGGGAUCUCUAGGUUAUUCUUUUGGUAGCUCUACCUUUUGUGCCUCUAGGGCACUAUGAUUUCUUUGUUUCGCAAGAGAAAUUUAUUAAGCAAUGACUAAUGAGCUUGGUAGUCUGAACUGGGAAAUACUGAGUCGUCAAUUAUGUGGCUUCUGUUAUCUUAGAAGGUUCCAUUUAGGAACCGGCACUCAAGUUCAAGAAACUACAGAAGAGGUUAUAAUAGUGACAGGAGCGACCAUAAUGACAAGGAAAGAAGCUGGAUAAACUCGAAAAAACGGAGUCCAAACCGCAGCUAUGGACGUAGCCAA